CUAAGAAUAUUAAUUCUUUGAAAUAAAUAUUAUUUUUCUAAUUAUAUCUAAACUGUUGUAAUGCGUGAAAUGAGUACCUUUGAUAGUAACAAUGAUCUUUUUAUGCCUAGUAAUUUUAAAUAUGUAAACGUUAAUCGGUUAUCGCAAAAAAAUCGAGAACAAAAAUUCCUAGUUGGUCUUCAGAAUGCCAAAAGUAUUAUUGGGGAACUUGAGCGAAGUAUUAAAAAAAGUGAAAGAUAUGAGGAAAAGCUUUUUAAAUGCAAAAAGAGUCACAGCCACAGUCAUGAUAUAAAUGAAUGGUGGGAAAGCGACGUUUCUAAUUCAAGAUUUUCAAAGUGUUCUGGUGAAUCAAACCAUUCAAAACUAAAUACAUGUAAAUCGCAGAAUGUAAGCCUUGUAAAAAUUGACGAAUCAUUGUCUUCAAUCAACUUAUUCUGCCUGCAAAACAAGUACGAGGAUCUUUUAAAACGUUAUGAAAUUUUAUCGAAAUUAUACGUCGAGCGGUGUAGUUUACUAACAUCCCGCGACGUUGAACUGGCAACAUUACGUUUAUGUGUCAAAAAGACGGAUGACGAGUUGCAGCGUGUUAAUAGAGCUUUAUUAUUAGUUGGGAAACAAUAUAUAGAUCUUAAAUGCAAAAGGUUCUUUCAGAAAGUUUGGUACGAAGAGAGACUAUUUCACUUGAAGUGUUCGAUGGAAGCCAUUUUGUCGUCGGCGGAGCGCGCUCGGAUCGAGUUAGACGACAAACUUGAAAGUGUACUGAAUAGUCAACAGGAUGCUGCAGUCUCUUUACUACUGGCGGAAAUAAAAAAGUGCAAUUUGUUACUUUUGGAGAACUUGAGACUGAAGUAUCGGAUGUGAUUUCUAGUUUUUUUUUAAUUUAAAUACAGUAAGUGCGUUUGUUAUUGUAAAUUUUACUUUAGUCGAAUUGUAAUAAUAUUUAUUAUUUUAGAUUAAAACAUACGUUCUAAAAUUC